AUGGAAAAAGCAUUGCUAUCAUUACAAAGUAAGAGAAAUGCAGUAAUUGCAAUUGAAUAUAAAAAAUUGGAUGACUUGGAUAUUAAGGAUUAUAGCGAUAAUUACUGUGAAAAAGAUUUAGGAAGCCCGAAGAAAGAAGAUAAAGAACUUUGUAAUAAGGUAUCGAAGCAUUUAAAAAGAUUAUCUGGUAUAUCUAAUAAUGAUGAUCGUAAACAUGGCUGUUUUUAUUUUCAAUACUGGUUCUAUGAUCAGAUAAGCAAAAAAUAUAGUGCUGAUGAUAAAAUUAAUAACAAACAAGUUAGUGAUAAACUUUUUGAUUUAGUGGCAACAACCAUUUUGAAAUCUCCUAAUUUGGAACCUUGUCGAUGUUAUGAAUCUGGGACACCGAGUAUUUGGAAAGAAGAAAAAGAUUUGCACGAUUAUUUUAAAAAUUACAAGGAUAUUAAUUGCACUAAUUCUGAUAAGACCACGUGUGAAAAAUAUGUGCGUUAUGUUACUUAUAUUGAUAAAUUAUUUCAAAAUAAGGAAGAUACCUGCUGUUAUGACGAGGAUGUGGAAUCUUUUUGUGAACAUUAUAUCAAUUGUAAUAAUAAAUAUAGACCUGAUGGUUUAUUAACUAAAUUACAAACAGAGCUCAAGGCAUUGGAUGCAAAAGUAAAGGAAGUACCUAAAGCGGUGGGAGGGGAAGAUGCACCAGGUGCGGUGGUAGAAAAUAAAGCGGCAGGAAGUGAUGGGCCAGGAAGUGAAAAGAAAGCACCGGGAAUUGCAGGAGCUGAAGAAGCGAAACAACUACCGGCAAAACCCGUAGCGGCAAAACCUGUAGGGGAAGAUCCUCCAGCGGCAGAACCCCUAGCGGCAAAACCUGCAGCGGCAAAACCUGUAGCGGCAGAAUCUGGUGGGUUACCCCCUGAAGUUGCAAAACCUCCAGCGACAGUAUCUGGAGGGACCGAAUCUGGAGGGACCGAAUCUGGAGGGGGAAAGCCUGCAGAGGUAAAACCAGAAGUUGUAAAACAAGAAACGGUCGGACCUGCAGAACAGGAAGCACCACCACCACCACCUGCGCCACGAGAAACUGUGCAACAACAACCUGCACCUCUAGAACCUAAAGAAUCAUUAGAUGAAGAAGAAGUAGCUGAAGUUACUGAAGAUGGAGUGGAUGAAGUAGAUGAAGUAGCUGAAGAGGGAGAACCAGGACAGCUAGAAGGUGAAGCGGCAGUCAUUUUGCAAGAUACAGCAACCUUUAGUGCCCCAUCACUAGAGGACUCUGGAGCAGCUGUUCAUGCAGCACCAUAUUAUACUCCUGAGCUUGCAGGUAACGGAGCUCCUCUGACCAAUUCUGAAGCCCCGAGUACUUUAAGAACUACACAUGAAGAGUUAGAUUCAAACUUUUUUCGCAACGUUAUCAUGGCCAUUGCAGUACUUGGAACAAUUUGCUUCCUUUUCUACUAUAACAGGUCUUCCCGAUUGGAACCAAAUUCUCGGAAAAAAAAAAAGAAAAAGGGAAAGAUAUUUGAACAUAAUUACUACGAAGAGUACGAAAAGGAGUUAGAAAUGUAUGGAUCUGAGGAAACGUUUAUAGAUUCUGAAACGGAUCGAUUAUACUUGAAUUACCACCCUGAUCAAGACUCUUACUACUAA